AUGUCAAUUGAAGAAGAAAUAUCAGAAGACUUGGGGUUCAAACUCGACAUCAAGGAUAAUGGCAUUCCACUUUUUGAGCCAUUGGAUUUGCAAAAUUUAGCAACAAAGCACUUGAAAUUGUUGGCCAUACACGAUGAUUUGAUGGUGGCAUCAAAUAGCAAAUGUAUAAAAGUUGUAUCAUUAAAGGACCUAGACGACAUAACCACUAUUGAAGGGGAAUUUAGUAUUACCCAAUUGCAUUUUGUUGGAAACGAAUUGUUUGUUCUUGACGACUCUAAAAUAAAAUCGUUGACGGUAGAACAACUCAAGAAUAAGGACUACAGUUUUCGUACCAUCAGAGAAGGGUUCGUCGAUAUACUUCCAUCGCCAUCUGGGAUAUUGGCACUAAACACAAACAACGAGUUGUACCUCAAUGCAGAUAAGGUUGCUUCCAAUGUCUCGGCGUUCUGUUGGACAUCGUCGCUGUACAUUUAUGCCUCAAAAGAUAAGCCAUACCAUAUCAAUAACAAAAAAAUCAAAGUCAAAGACGUUGACGAACUUUGUAUUGUUGAGAUGUUUGCCAUAAAUGAAAAGUACUUGUUUGUUGCUUACGAUACGGUAGAUGCCGAGUUGGAUUACCACGAUGUCAAAUCAUAUAUUUUGGAGGAAACAGAUAAUGACUAUACUGCAUUAGAAGCUGAUAUCGCCCCAGCAUUUGGGUCUGUUGCUAGAGCCGUGACUUAUUAUCAUGCACAAUUGUCGGACUGGUAUAAAUCAAACAAGUUUGUGCUCCUUACCUCGUCGUUGGCCAUAGAUUUAGGAAUAUUGGACACCACUAAAGGACAAACACCAAAGAUAAUUGCACAAUCGGAAGAUAUCAACCGUGCACAAUUUCCUAUUGACGACGAAUCAGGUGACGAUUGCUCGCCAGUUGGGUUUGGUGUAUCCUUAAACGAACUAACUUCGAAAGUUCUUGAACCGUGUCCAGGCGCUGACGAGGUUACUGGAGUUUUGCCUAGAAUAUACACCUUGCUUCAUACAGGUAACUUGAUUUCAUGGUGGGUUUUCCAUAAGUCAGCAAUCCUAAAAAAAGAAUUGUCUUUAGAGAACGCAAUCAAGGCAUCAUCUACUCAAACCAAAGAGGUAUCAAAUGAACCUGCUCAAACAAAGAGUAACCCAUUUGGUAACACCCCAUCAAGUGUUUUUAGUGCGCCAGCUAGCAAAUCUGCAUUUGGUCAAACUGGGUUUGGUGGGUCGGAAGCCAGCUCUGGGUUUGGAACUACAGGACUUGGACAGAAACCCGAAGCUACCUCCGCGUUUGGAACUACAGGACUUGGACAAAAAGUUGAAUCAAAAUCUGGUUCUGGUAACUCUGCUGUCAUACAAAAUCCCCAAGCUACCUCUGCGUUCGGAACUACAGGAUUUGGUCAGAAGCCUCAAGCUACCUCCGCGUUUGGAACAACAGGAUUUGGGCAAAAAGCCCAAACAAAUUCUGCAUUUGGCAGCUCUGGCUUUGCACAAAAACCUCAAGCAAGCUCUGCAUUUGCCCAGUCAAGUGGAAGUCCUUUUUCUGGAUUCGCAAAGUCAGGAUCAACAAGCUCAGGAUUUGCCAAACUUGGAUCGGGUGGUCCUUCAAUUUUCGGCGACAAGACCUCGUCUCCAGUUUCUACCCCGUUAGCUGAUGAAUCAAAGGAACUGGAAGAAGAAAGUGAAAUAUCAUUACCCGAAGAAAGUGAUUACAGCGAUGAAGAGGAAUUGGCUACAGAUGAUGCAAACACAUCCAAGGAUUUGGAAGAGGUAGAAGGAGAAAAUGUUACAGAAACUCAAGAGGAGAAAGUGGAGACAGAAAUCCCACCCCCUACCGAUCCAAAGCCAGUACAGUUUUCUUUCUUUAGUGGCUUCACCAGGAUUUCCAAGCCAAGUUCUAACGAAAUCAAAAACAAGAUCAUUAACAUAAUUGAAAGCACAGAAGGUAACUUACAAGUUAUGGAUGCAAACAGAAACCAAUUGGGAGACUUUAUCGGCCAACACGAAAAAAUCGACAAGGGCAUAGAUAGUCUUAAAUUCGCCGAGGCAAGGGUUCCACUCCGUGAUACCACCGAGACUUUAAAACGAGAAUUAUUAGAGCUAACCAACUUAUCUACAAAAAUUCAAAAAUGUUUUGGCGAAAAAGUGAAACUCGACCGUCUUUACAGUCAAUUGGCAUUGGCAGCAGACCAAAACUCUGCCAACAAAGAUGUCCUCAAAUCCCGGCCAUUGGAUUUCAAAAACGAUUUGAUGCAAACAAAAUUGCGUGAAAAACUAAACAACGUGAGAAGCUUAGAAAAGAAAGUGUUGGCGUUGUUGAUGCCAAUAAAAGCAAAGAAUUCAAUGGAUGAUCAAACAAUCGACAACAUUGAAAGAAUUGUAUUUCAAAUCAAUGAACAGAUUUUGGAUCACUCAGUAGGUAUUGACGAUUUGGCAACACAAAUGGGAGAGUUAGACAUUGAAGGUGACAAGAAGGUUGACGUGUUGUCAAAUUGUUCAAAGUUAAAGUUGAGGCAGAAAUUAAGACAAAAGUCAAUUAUGUUUUAG